AUGUGUCACAAAGGUAGGGUAUCUCUGGACACAAAGUGUACACUACAAGAUCUGGGUACCACGAGAGGUAAACCCAAUUGUGCCAGAAAACAGACAAAUUGCAUGGAAAUUCUGAUAGUAUUUCUAGGAGAUAUACCAGCCAACCUUAUUAAAAUAACAUCAAAAAGCCAAAGACCUAUUGCCCCCUGUGCAAGACCUGUGUUUCUUUAUACUCUAAACUGUAGAUCAGCGAGAAAUAAGACCAGUUCUAUCUGUGAUCUUAUAAUAUCAAAUGAUAUUGACCUACUUGCAAUAACAGAAACCUGGCUCGGGGACUCUGAUCAGUGCGUCAUAUCAGAACUCUUGCCGGAUGGGUACAAAUUUAUCCAUAAAGCGAGGAGUAAUGGUCGAAGUGGCGGAGUUGCCCUCGUUUACAAGAGCAUCAUGGAUGUUAAAGCUGUGAGUAGAGAAGAUACGUUCACACACUUUGAAUACCUGGAAUGCAUCAUUAACUUCACUCGCUUAUGUAUCAUAUACCGACCUCCUCCAUCUAAGAAGAACCAGCUUAGAAAUUCUGUCUUUUUCUACGAAUGGUCCCAUUUUCUGGACAGUGUGGUGGUUGAUCACAGGGAAUUAAUUAUUACCGGCGACCUCAAUUUCCAUUUGGAUAAUGUGCAAGAUCCUGAGGGUGUCAAAUUUCUACGGAUCUUAGAUGAUCAUGGAUUGGUUCAGCACGUGAAGGAAUCCACGCAUUCUGGAGGCCAUAUUCUGGAUGUGGUGAUAGUGAGGGAUAGCAGCUCUAUCCUAUACGGUGAACCGUGUGUAACGGACCCAGGCCUAUACGACAAGAAUGGAAACCCUGCUGGUGACCAUCUAGCCAUAUGCUCAAAACUCACACUAUCCAAGCCGGCAAGGGAGCGUAAAUCUAUUAAAUUUAGAAAAUUACGGGAUAUUGUAACCAGUGACCUAAGCGAUUCGAUCCGCUCUUCUUUCGAAUUACAGAAAGGCGAAAAUUCGGUGGAAAAGUCUGUGAAUCUAUAUAAUACAACACUUAAAAACAUUCUAGAUUCUCUUGCACCUGUACAAUCAAAAUUGAUUACCAUUCGUCCUGACUGUCCAUGGUACACCAGUGAGCUAAGAGAUGCUAAGAGGGAGCGGAGAAAGGCAGAGAGACAAAUGCGUAGAACUGAUUUGACUGUUCAUAAGGAAAUUUUUCGCAGUCAUUGUACCCAGGUAUCUAAACUUGCUAUUCACUGUAAGAGGAGUUACUAUUCAAGCAAAAUUGUGGAGAUGGGCAAGGAUCAGAAACAACUGUAUCACCUUACAAACAGACUUAUGGGAGCCAAGUCCGAUGUUAUAUUGCUGGCGACCGUUUCACUAACAGGUCGCAGCUCGUAA